AUGUGGAUGGAAUUCGGCGGUAACUCGGAAUUUCAGGAUUCACUUGAAACAAUUUUUCAAAUAGAAACAGUUCAGUUGAGGCAAGGAAAGUCACAACUGUUGACGAGGUACACCAAGAAUGAUUUUCAGUUAAGUUCAAAACCAACUAUUGGUGUCGAGCUUGCUCACGAAGAUAUCGAAAUUGAUGGAAGAGUAAUCCGUGCGCAGAUAUGGGACACUGCAGGUCAAGAACGUUACCGAGCGAUCACGAGUGCAUAUUACAGAGGGGCACUGGGAGCCAUAAUAGUUUACGACAUCACGAAUGCAAAAAGUUAUGAAAAUGUUGGGCUCUGGAUUGAGGAAUUAAGACAACAUACCGAUGACAAAGUAGUCUUAAUGCUGGUUGGUAACAAAGUGGAUCUGCUUCAUUUGCGUGCCGUAGAGAAAAAAACGGCAGCGGACUUUGCUUCGGAACACUCAAUGCAUUUUGUCGAGACGUCAGCAUUGAAUGCACUGAAUGUCGACGUUGCAUUCGAAAGCACGUUAAGAAAGAUUUAUGAAAUAAUUCGCGAGCAGGAAAAUGACAGGAAUGAGCUGAUAAACGAAAAAGCAUCCAUGUUGAGGAAAAAGAUGAACAAGAAAAACAAAGAUGGUUCUGUCGACUUGAACGAAGAUACGAAUGGUGAGAAAGGACGACCACCUUGCUGCCUGUCUAAUUGA